UGCUGUUCCGGGCGGUGGGUGACUGGGGGGGGGUCCCUGACCCCCCUUUUGCCACCCCCCGCGAGGUGGCCACAGCGGCUACCAUGGGACGCACGGCCACUGACCUCGGUGCCGACUUUGUCCUCGCCCUCGGGGACAACUUCUACUACCAGGGUGUGCGGGACGAGUGGGACCCCCGCUUCCAGGAGACCUUCGAGCAGGUGUUCACGGCCCCGGGGCUGCGGGAGCUGCCCUGGUUCGUGCUGGCCGGAAACCACGACCACGCUGGGAACGUCACUGCGCAGCUGGCGUACAGCCACCACUCCCCUCGAUGGCACUUCCCGCACUACUACUACAGUCUGCGCCUCUCCCUGCCGGGCACCAACGCCUCGGCCCGGCUGCUGGUGCUGGACACGGUGCUGCUCUGCGGCGGCGCGGAUGACUUUGGGGCAGGGGGUGCCCCCAGGGGCCCCCGGGAUGCAGGGGCGGCAGCAGCGCAGCUGCCCGCCCCCGCCUCCCUCUGUGGCCACGACCACAACCUGCAGUUCCUGGAGGAGGGGGGAGUGGGCUACGUGGUGAGCGGCGCCGGCAACUUCAUGGAGGCAUCCCAGCAACAUGCAGGGGCCGUGCCCCCCGGCUCCCUCCGCUUCUUCUUCGGGGCGCCCGCAUCCCCCGGUGGCUUUGCCCACCUGCGCCUGGAUGCCCACGCGGCCACCAUCACCUUCCUGGAGGCCACUGGCCGCGUCCUCUACCGCGUGGCCCUGCCCCCCCGCAACCUGUGA